CGCGGGGCUCUGGGCAGCCGCCACUUCCCGAGGCAGCACUGGGGAACACGGUCCGGAGUCCCGAUCUGCCGCACCCGGAGUAACGGCCUCCUCAACUGAAGAUGUCUAACAAUGGAGUUGAAACAGAAGACAAACCGCCUGCUCCUCCAAUGAGAAAUACCAGCACUAUGAUUGGAUCGGGAAGCAAAGACCCCGGGACUUUAAACCAUGGCUCAAAACCUUUGCCUCCCAACCCAGAAGAAAAGAAAAGGAAGGAUCGAUUUUACCGGUCUAUUUUACCAGGAGAUAAAACCAAUAAGAAGAAAGAGAAAGAGCGGCCGGAGAUCUCCCUCCCUUCAGACUUCGAACACACAAUUCAUGUGGGGUUUGAUGCAGUCACGGGAGAAUUCACAGGAAUGCCAGAGCAAUGGGCGCGUUUACUGCAGACUUCCAACAUCACCAAGUCAGAGCAGAAGAAGAACCCCCAAGCAGUGCUGGACGUGUUGGAGUUUUACAACUCCAAGAAGAUCUCCAACAGCCAGAAGUACAUGAGUUUCACAGAUAAAUCAGCAGAGGAUUACAAUUCAUCAAAUACAUUGAAUGUGAAAGCUGUCUCUGAGACCCCUGCAGUGCCCUCAGUGUCUGAAGAUGAAGAUGAUGAAGAUGAUGCAGCUCCACCCCCGGUGAUAGCUCCGCGACCUGAACACACAAAAUCUAUAUACACCCGCUCUGUGAUAGACCCUCUUCCUCCUCCUACCAGAGAUGUGGCCACUUCUCCUAUUACUUCUCCCUCGGAAAACAGCACAACAGCGCCCGACAUGCUGGUCAGGAACACGGAGAAACAAAAGAAAAAGCCAAAAAUGUCAGAUGAAGAGAUACUGGAAAAAUUAAGAAGUAUCGUGAGUGUGGGUGAUCCAAAAAAGAAGUAUACGAAUUUUGAGAAGAUUGGGCAAGGAGCCUCGGGUACAGUUUACACGGCAAUAGAUGUAGCUACAGGACAGGAGGUUGCAAUCAAACAGAUGAAUUUGCAGCAGCAACCCAAAAAAGAACUGAUUAUUAAUGAAAUCCUUGUGAUGAGGGAAAACAAAAACUCCAACAUUGUCAACUACUUGGACAGUUACCUUGUAGGAGAAGAGCUCUGGGUGGUCAUGGAGUAUUUGGCAGGAGGCUCCCUAACAGAUGUUGUGACAGAGACCUGCAUGGACGAGGGACAAAUCGCAGCUGUGUGCCGGGAGUGUCUCCAGGCUCUGGAAUUCCUACAUUCAAACCAAGUUAUUCACAGGGACAUCAAGAGUGACAACAUCCUGCUGGGAAUGGAUGGCUCUGUCAAACUAACUGACUUUGGCUUCUGUGCUCAAAUCACUCCUGAGCAGAGCAAGCGCAGCACCAUGGUGGGGACCCCGUACUGGAUGGCACCUGAAGUGGUGACGCGGAAGGCGUAUGGGCCCAAAGUGGAUAUCUGGUCGCUGGGGAUAAUGGCCAUCGAGAUGAUUGAAGGAGAGCCCCCCUACCUCAAUGAGAACCCCCUGAGAGCCCUGUAUCUCAUCGCUACUAAUGGGACUCCAGAACUGCAGAAUCCAGAAAAGCUGUCACCCAUAUUCCGAGACUUCUUAAAUCGCUGUCUUGAAAUGGACGUGGAGAAGAGAGGUUCUGCAAAAGAGCUGCUACAGCAUCAGUUCCUGAAAAUUGCAAAGCCUCUAUCUAGUCUCACUCCUCUGAUUAUUGCAGCUAAAGAGGCAGCCAAGAACAACCAUUAAAGUGGUGAAGUCAACACAGUCAUCGUGUCAAGACUUUUAGAUGCUCAUUUCAGAGACUGAAUUACCUGCCCCUCUCCCCUUCUGCUCCUUCUUCACAGGAGUGUUCUUAAAACUUUGACUGCCCUGAAGGGUGGCAGAGGUAUUGUUCACUGAAUGUGAAAGGGCACACAAGAGGGACAUGGCUGAUCUUACGUAGUGAACUGUCUUUCCAUCCUCGUGAUGGGGAUGGGAGGGGAAGAAUAUUUUGUAUGGUUGAGAAGAUCUUUCUGAGAAUGUCUGAACAUGACCUACACAUAGUGAAGCCAGUUUGUUUUCAUAUUUCUUAUUGUGUUUAUUUUUAAAAAUAAUGUGGAGCCUUAGACCAUGUUUAUCUUAAUAAAUUAAAUCUUUUGCUGGCUGCACUUUUCCUGCUUCUGCCAAGCUGCUAUUACACCACCAAGGCUGCUCUGUGCUUUGGAUGACUUGAGGAGGGAAGGAAGCAGGCAGCAGCAAUGUGAACAGCUGUAACAACUGAGAGGGGAACAGGGAUGUGAAGGUGUAUCUCUCUUGCAGCACUGCUGGAUGUUUCAAGGGAGCAUGGACAAAGCCUCUGUGUACUUUCUGCAGCCAUUGGAGAACUUAAUUCAUGGAUGAUCUCUUUGCCAAUUUGUGUGAAUUGGGCUCCCCCCCCACUUCCUCUUUAGUGUCAACUCAGCUAAUUACACAUCUCAGAAAUUUCUGUUUUAGAAGGUAAAUCACAGGAAAAAAAAUUGACAGAGAGCUCUUUUGAGGUUAUUUUAUUGUGCUGUGAGGUUUUUUAGAGACCCUUGCCCUGUAUGCUAAAGUGAACCGAGCAAUUACUGUUCUAAAGAUAAGAUUGGCCUGCAAAAUAUGUUGAAAACUCUUGUUUCUUAGAGCAAGUCCAAUGGGAAACAAACUCAUCAUAGAAGCUGCUUUCUUCUUGGAGAUGUGGGGACAUGAAUUUUUUUAAAACGAUGGUUUCUUUAUGCUACUGAUACCUUUGGUUGCUAAUAGUUUGUAAAAAUACCAGGAAACCUGGAACUACUAGAAGAGGGAUUGGUUGUAAACACUGGGCUUAUGUUCGACUAUGUACUGAAUUUUAAUAAAACGACUGCUGUGUUUCUUAA